AUGUCGCCAACGCGCACGCAGCGAUCGACGCCAUCGCGGAAAAAGUCAUGCCUGCAAUGUGCCAAGUCCAAGGUCCGGUGCGGCCUGCAGCGCCCGUCGUGCCAGCGCUGCGUCGCCUCGAAGCGCCGCUGCACCUAUGCCAGCGCAGCGCCACCGUCGCCAGCGAUCCAAGCAGCCGCGCCGGCGAGCAUCGCUACCCCUGCGUCACUGUCCACGGCAUUCACCGAGCCGACUGGUGCGACGGUGGCUCCCGGGAGAGGCUGGCCGCCGCCGACUCCGCCAUCUCUUUCCCAGAAUCAAGCCCGGGCCUGCGACGCCAAAACCCUCAACUUUGACGUCCUUGACCUCGUCCCCCUAGCUGGCGCCGACCAGAUCCGCGACCGCUGGCUACGCCCGUUUCUAGCCCUUGCCGGCGAACAUGAGGUGCCCAAGGCAUUUCAUCCUUACACGCUGCAGUACAUAACCUGCGUGCUGCGUACGUAUUCGAAGCAGAUGGGCAGCGAUGGCGUGCCUCCCUUCAUUCAUCCCAUGCAGAUGACCACUGGGCACGUCGCGUUGGCAAACUGCUAUAGCCUGGCCCGGCUGUGGCAUCACCACGCCGCAGGCAGCGAGACGAUCGUCGCAGACACGAUACAGCGAGAGAUGGACCGGUUGGCACAUGAACGCACCACCAGCGACGUUGAGCAACUGGCUGCAUUCCAAGCCUACCUCACCUACUGCAUCAUGUCCUACUUCUUUCCCAUCCCCGGGCGGCCGCUCGUCACCGACACAACCAUGGUGACCCUCCAGGAGAUGGCGUUUUGCGCGGCACAAGGCGGCCUCGUGUCGCACGCGGAACUGGCUGGAUCGCGACCGACCUGGGAGUCCUGGAUCGUCGCGUCGGCCAAGCGCAGGGCCAUGUUCGCCUUUUACCUUUUCAGCAGCGUCUACAACGAGGACAACAACGUUCCCAACUUCCCUGCAGAGGAGCUGCGCGGCGUCUUCGCGCCGGACGCGAAGCUAGUAUGGGAGGCGCGGGCCCGCGGCGUGUGGGAGCGCGAGUACGCCCGGCACCUGGCGCUGUGGCCAGACGGGCCGCUUAAGAUCUCGGAGCUGUGGCGGUCGCCAGAGACGGGGUCGGAGCGGCAGAGGGAGAGGAUCGAUCGUUGGGUUCAAGCGGCGGACGAGUUCGGCAUGAUGCUCUUUGCUGUCUGCGUUCACUUGCAUGGGUACUGA